AUGAUACAUAAUAUAAAUGAUAUAUAAUAUAAAAUUUACAUAUAUAUAUGUUUAUUUCGUUUUAAAUAAUAUAAUGAAUGUAAUGGAUUUGUUGAGGGAUAGAGCAUAAGAUAUUCGGCUGUUGCAAAAUAGUCAAAUGGCAAUUAGACAAAUAAGUAUUACUAUUAUUUGAUUUUCUGAGUAUAGGGAGAAGAUUCGACAGAUAAUUGAAACCGAUUUCCUGAAUUAACUAUCUCAAGCAAAGAAGAUUAGUAAAAAUGAUCUCAUGCUCUUACAAGAAACUCUGAGAUUCAUAAUCAGAAUCAUCGCACUUAACUUCGAAGUUCUUAGUUAGAAAUAUAUUAUAGAUCAAUAAUCUAGAAGCCAAUUUUGGUUCAACGACUAGGAUCAUCCUUGAACUAUAUCAAUAUUUUGGUCUAUCAUCCAAAGCAGAAUUGUUAUAGAGUGAGAAGCCUAGCCAAAGCAAAUAGUCAGUUUUUUUGAAUUUAGUUCAACAUCUUGUUGACAUCACAAGAAUGGCUUUAGAACUAACUAUCAAGAGUUAAACCAAUCUAAGACUGUUCUGCUUAGGCAAGGAAAUCGGAGAGAAGGGGGUUCCCAAUAAUAGCAAAGUGCCAUUACUGAGGAGAGUGCAAAGAAGCGAGUCUAAUCACCAGGACAAAGUCUAUUAAUCCAAAAAGUCCAUAUAGAGGUUAGACUCAUAGCACAUCUAUGAAUCCCUUCCGAAAUCCUAGAGAACGAUUGAAGAAACUCGAUAUUACUCAAGAGAUACAUCAGCAGUUCGAAAUCCUCAACAGAGGAAAACUGAGAUCCCUCAAAACAACAAAGCCCUUCCUUGUAUAAAUCAAAUGAAAUCGAUUCAGCUUAGUUUAUAUCGGCAACUCAAGUAGCGAAAUUCUAGUAUCCAUAAUUCGAUAUAGACAUACAUAAGACAAAUUUACGAUAAAAACACAAUAACUGAUUGA